AUGGCACGAGCCAAAGAAAGGUGAAGCUAAACAAAAGGGUAGCAUGUAGAUAGCGUUUAUUAAAUUAUAAAUAAAUAAAAUAUACUUAAAAACCGACUUAUUAGACGUACUUAUGUAUUAUAUAUCAGUGAAUUUUAAAUAUGUGAUAUGUGUGAAUGCUACAAGUUAUUAGAAUGAACCACAAUGCAUCGUGUAAUGGUGGCCAUUAGGAGUAAUAAUUAUGUAUAUUGGCAUACUUACUUCUUUACGGACCAUAAAAACACAUCUAAAACGAGACUGUAACACGUUCGUUCAAAAUUGAUACUUGACAUAAUGUAAGCGAUCAAAUUGUUUGUGAUAUGUGAAUGGAAAAAUAUUGGCCAGUGUAAAUAGCCCAUUUCAUUACCAUGGCCCAAAAUCAGGGGGAGGUUCAAGUGGGCACACCGAAUCAACCCGUCAAAGACAAAGAUAUUUAUGCUUGUUUGCCCGAUAUUAGAGUGAACGGUCCGUUAGGACCUGACGAGCCGUGUCCAGGUGGUGAAGAAUUACGUUGGUUGCCAGCGCAAGCGACAGAUCGAGAUCUUGUUAUGUACUUACGAGCUGCACGAUCAAUGGCUGCAUUUGCUGGGAUGUGUGAUGGUGGUUCUCCUGACGAUGGCUGUGUAGCUGCUAGUCGUGAUGACACCACUAUUAAUGCACUGGAUGUCUUGCAUGAUUCAGGAUAUGAUCCAGGUAGAGCUCUUCAAGCCUUAGUCAAGUGCCCUGUCCCAAAAGGUAUAGAGAAAAAGUGGACAGAGGAAGAGACAAAAAGAUUUGUCAAAGGCAUCCGCCAGUUUGGUAAGAAUUUUUUUAAGAUUAAAAAAGACUUACUUCCCCAUAAAGAUACUGCGGAGUUGGUUGAAUUUUAUUAUCUCUGGAAAAAGACACCUGGUGCUAGUAGUAACAGACCUCACAGAAGACGUAGGCAAGCAUCACUUAGACGAGUUCGUAAUACAAGGAAUUCUAGAGCAGGAACACCUAAAGAACAAACACCAGAAAUAACACCUUCUAUACCUGAUACUAAUGGCUCAAGACCUUCCCCUAACCCUAAGGAAACAGGGGAAAUGAGUUCUGUAACUGAAGAUGAAAAUUCUGAAGAAGACAGUGAUUCAAGAGAAGCAGGUGAUUUAGCUAAAGUUGACAAUGGUAGAACUGGUGAUAACCCUGAUGAUUCACCAAGUAGAAUGCGCACAAGAAACAAAUCUAAAGAACAAACAACACCUAAUGGAAGGAAAGGUCAAGAUGAAAGUGAUACAGAUUCAAAGUCUAAGAAACCUAACAAACCUAAUGCACAAAGUACAAAUAACAAUAUAACAGAGAAAGUUUUAUCAUCACCAGUUAGCAAAGAUAAAGAUAACAAGAAGAAAGUGACAAAUGGAAAAGUUGAUGUAUCUAAGGUUAAGAAAAGAUUGCCAGAUGACACUAAACCAGAAAUUUUGGAUGGUGAUGUACAAAUGAAAAAGAAGAAGGCUAGUGAUCCUCCUGAAAGUCCAUCAGAAAGUCUGACAAAUGAUAGUUUUUCUGCUAUGGAUGAAUCUGAAACUGUAGAACCAGAACCUGAAGCCUGUGACUUUAGCUUCAGUAAAACUGAGAAAGAAAAUACUGAACAAAAUAAAGAAACAGAAGGAGAGAAAGUAACAGAACCCAGUAAACCAGAUUUGAGCAAUGAGCUUCCAAAUAGAGUUGAAAAAGAACCUUUGCCUCCGGUAUUUAAAGUUGUACCUGAAAAGGAUGAAAGAAAUGUAUUAGACUUAAAAACUGAAUCUAGUUGCACUAAGAAUAUAGAAAAUGUUGAACCCCGACCACUUACAAUAUUUCCCAAAACUGAGCUUAUUAUUCCUAAAGUUACUCCAAUGUCCACAGAAGUUUUGGAAAAAAUAAAGAUCAAAGAGGAAAUAGAUACUGAUGAAACACUUAAUUUACAAAAAGAUGAUUUUCAGAAGGACCCAUUGUCACACAGUUUUACUGGUCAUCCAAUAAAUCAACAGAACAAGCCUUUGAACUUAGAAAAUACCAAUUUCUUUGUCAAAGAUAGUCAUAUUUAUAAUCCUAAACUCAGUCACAGUAUCAAGAUUGAAGGAGUACCAAACAAUAUAUUCAAUCCUGUAAAUAUAUCAAAAGAAAACUCAAUAAUCCGAAAUGCAAAGGACUUUGUUGGUGGAAUGCCACCAUUUUCAUAUCCUCCUAAUAUUAAUUAUUCCAGUGAACUUAAUAAACAACAUUCACUUAUGAAUCCAUUGAAGACAGUAAUUAAGUUGGAACCAAGAGAUGAGACAAAUGAAAUAAAAAGUCAAAAUACACCAGAAAUCUUCACUGCUACUAUAUCAACUGGAAACAAAAUGGACUCACCAAGCACACCAAGGCUAGAAAACUUACAGAGAAUAAGUCCGUCCCCUACAAAUGCCAGGGGUGCACCUUCUCCAGCUCACAUUGAACACUCAUCUACAACUAGUAAUGAACCUGUGUCACCCGCACAUUCACAAGAUAUUAAAUCACAUGAAACAGAAAUUGAAGAGAAACAACCUACAGAUUUAAAAACACAGCCAAUACAGACAAAACAAGAUAUUCAAAAUACAGGCUUAAGACCACCAAUGUUCCCAACACCAGUAAGGCCUGAAAACCUUGGCAUUAGAUCAACUGAAGCAAAUACCCCUGUGUCCAUACAGAGUAUGCUGCCUCCACCCCACAGCCAGCCAUCUAUCACCAGUUUAAUGCCCCCAGGGCCAUUAAUAUCCGUAGGUAGUGGUUCAAAUGUUGGACCAUAUGGAUUCAUGCCUUCACCUUUGUAUGGUCAUCCUGGACAUCCCGGGUUAGAUAAACCAAACUCCAUACCACAAAUGUUGCAACAAGUACCUCAAAGUCAUAAUCUCCAAGGUAAUUUGAUGCCUCCAUCAUCUAACCAAAAUGAUUCAUCAAUGCCUCAAGAUUUAAAAAUAAAACAAGAGAUACCAGACAUGCCAGCAAACCUAUCGACUCAAAAUGUGUCAGAUCCACUACAGUCAUUAAAAGAAGUAAAAGUACCAGGAUAUCCAAUAGGUAGUGCUAUAGCACAACAUUUGAGUUCUGAAAGAGAUAGAGAAUCAAUAUCAAGUGUUGAAAACAAUAGUAGACCUCCAAGUCAACCUACAAAUGAAAAUUCAAAUAUGUCCAGUGCAUUCUUGGGACCAAGGAUAGAGAGCAUUAAAAAAGAACCGGACUUUAUGCAUCAACCUCAUAUUACUCCAGUAUCCUCCAAUCAAGUGAAUGUGUCCGAGUCUAUGAACACAAUACCUCCAGUGAAAAGUCCACAUACCCCAACGCCAAUAAAAAGUCAACCCUCUCACAGUGUUGGUAGUCAUGGGCCACAUCCAUCUGCAACAACAUCACCAUUUUCGAGGCAUUUAACAAGUCCAUCACAGCCCAGACAAAUUUCUGCAUCCCCAGUUCAACCAAACAUACCUGUAUCUCAUUCUGCACUAAAUUUGAUGAAUCCCUCCCCAUUGUCAAUACCGUCUACUAUACCCGGUCCAGUAAUGCAUUCUGGGCAACAACAUGGACCACAUCCAUCUCAUCCAUUUGCUUCUCCGCUACAUCAUCCCCAUCAUCCUUUAUUACAUCCAUCUUCAAUCUUUCAAUUGUCAGCCGCAGCUGCUGCGCAUGCUAUGCAUCCUUAUUAUACUCAUGCCCAUCCUGGCUAUUCUAUGCCUUACCCAUAUCCAUAUGGACCACUACCUCAACCCCAUCCAAUACCACCAAUGCAUCCCGCUUCAAGUACGCCAGGCAGGCAUGACCAAGGAAAGCAAUCUACAAUUGAAUCGACAACAAUGCUCAGUGCUCACCAUAGCACAAGUUCAUCCGUUACAACAAGGUCACUAAGAGAAAUUUCUGAGAGUGCAGAAGACCCUAGAAAUCCGAAUGCGACAACAGAAAGGCAUCAAUUGCACGAAACUACAAUGACGCACCACCAUUCGACUAGUCAUCAUAGCGCAGUACAUACGAGUACGGAGAAACAGCCAAAUCACGUUGGAGGUGGCACAAACCAUACAUUGUCUAUUUCUCACUCAACAUCAAGUAGUUCGUCUCAAUCUAUUCAACAUAAAAUAAAUACGCAACAAAAAACUAGUUCCCAUUCUAGUUCUCCGCAUCACUUAUCAGCUAGCGUAUCUCAAACUACCAGCACUUCAGCCAGUGUUAAUGUAUCUAAUAAUCAUACCCAUCAUCACUCACACCAUCUUGCCCAUCACCCAGAAAGAUUAUCACCGGCAGAUUCAAUGCUCCUGCGCCAUCAUCCAAAAAUGUUACCUGGUAAUCCAAAUCACCUUAUGAUUCAACCUCCAUCAAUGGGUCAUCCGAUGGCGUUGGGAUUACCGCCGGGACCGGGUCCGAGUUCAAUAGAGAGUUUACGUUUGCACGCCCAAGCUGCAGCUGGCUUACAAGCUUCACAUGCAAGAUCCGGUUCACCGCAUCAAAUGCCUCACAGUCAUCCUCAUUUGCGCGGUCCUCAGAGACCUAUGCCUGAUGAAAAUGUUGAAUUGAAACUUGAGACACAGUCGCAGCCCGAAGAGGAAGAAAUUCCAAGCCCGGCGCACAUUCCUCAUGGACCAAGUCCCGAACCAAAAAUCGAAGAUACAGAAUGCCACAGAUCACAGUCAGCAAUAUUCUUAAGACAUUGGAACAGAGGCGAUUAUAAUUCGUGUACAAGAACAGACCUUAUAUUCAAGCCUGUACCAGAAUCAAAACUAGCACGAAAACGAGAAGAAAGAUUGCGAAAGCAAGCCGAACGAGAUAGAGAGGAAAGAGAGAAGAUUGCCCAACAAGCACAUAGGAAAAUAGCCACUCCUGAAAAACCAGAAACAAAACCGCCGUCAAGAGGUGCUAUUGAAACUAUAACGUCUCCCUAUGAUAGGUAUCCCAGACCGCCAGGGUACCCUGACACCCCUGCUCUUCGACAAUUAUCGGAAUAUGCUCGACCACAUGCUGGGUUUAGUCCCGGCAAUUUACCACGACAUUGUAUGGACCCAAUGCUACAAUAUCAGCUCAGUUCAAUGUAUGGCGCCGCCGGUGCUAGGGAACGCCUAGAAUUGGAACACCUAGAAAGGGAGAAACGAGAUAGAGAAAUUAGAGAACUGCGGGAGCGCGAGCUAAACGACAGGUUAAAAGAGGAACUUCUUAAAAAUAAUGUUGGUCCCCGAGGUCUCGAUCCGCACUGGUUGGAAAUGCACAGAAGAUAUGGUAUGCCUCCACCUCCUCCCCAAGGUGCGAUACCCGUACAAUUCGGGCUUUAUCCCCCUGGACACGGACCGGCGUCGCUCUCUCAUCUAGAGCGGGAGCGGCUAGAACGUCUGGGCAUCCCGCCAGGCGGAGCCGGCGGCCCGCCGCCCUCUGUGCCCGUGACGGGUGCGCCACCGCAUCACCCGCACCAUCCGCACCCCGGCGUCGCAGCCGCGCAACUGGAGGCGGCGGAGAGGCUAGCCCUGGCCGCGGAUCCAAUGGUGCGACUGCAAAUGGCUGGAAUCAACCCUGAAUACCACGCGCACACACAUGCGCACACACACGCGCACUCACAUACUCACCUCCAUCUCCAUCCUGGCCAACAGGCGGCUGCACAGGCACAGCAGGAUGCUCUGAGCCUGGGGCUGGGUGCGGGGGCGCCGUACCGCCCGCUGCCCCACCCGGACCUGCUGGGGCGGCCGUACGCGGAGCAGCUGGCGCAGCAGGCGGCGGCGCACGAGCAGCUACAGCGGCAGCUGUUGCUGGAGCGCGAGCGGGGCUUCCUGCAUCCCGCGCACCACGAGGACUUCUUGCGGCAGCAGCGCGAGCGUGAGCUCAAGGUGCGCGCGCUAGAGGAGGCGGCGCGCGCUUCGCGCCCAUAGUGCGCCGCCCCGCGCCCCGACCCGCACGCCUCCGACGACAUUGUGCUAGUGGAGUGACGGUAAGGACACGCGUCAAGUGACAGUGAUCAAAAUCAGUUACAGAAGCAUUUGUAAUAUAUCUGAAAGUGUUCACGAUCUAGUGUUACGGACAUCGAUAAUAGAACAGAGGUUUUUUUUUGUGUGUGACCACUACCUGUAAUUUAUAUUUAUAACUUAUUUAAGUUUUAUAAUAUUUUUAUAGCUGCAUGGUAUGUAGUAUGCUUAUUUUCCAUGCUCAAAUUUUAUUUCUUAACUCCUAGUCAUAAUAAAAGAUUAUUUGUGUGUAGUGAAAAAAAUCAGUCACACAGUUUACAUCAAUAAUUUAGUCUAAAUUAUUGUUUGUAUUUACAUAUAUCAGAAUAAGGGUGCUGGUAUUUUUUAUGUUUCAUAUUUCAACAAUUUAGUUAAUAUCUACUUGCAUUGAUUCAUGACAUUUAUUAGUAU